AUGGCGACCAGUCAUCUUAGAAUCCUGGAUGAUCGAGCACGAGACUUCAAAGUGAGCUCGGAUGGUUUGCUAAAUGCACGGAAGUUGGCCACGGGCGACGAAGAUCUCGUGGUUGUGCUUAUCGAGCCUACCGAUAAGGCUGAACAAGUGUCUUAUACAGAGAUGUUAGCUGCCUCACCAACACUGCUUUACGUGAAUGAAACCUUGCAACUUGCGUCCGGUGGUCAAAGAGACAUGGAAAAUACUAUUAUCUUGAAUAUUCGGGCUUUUCGAAGUAACUCUUUUCGAAGUAGCCAAAGUCUAGAUGAUCGGAUUUGUGACGACGAGUUAGCGUACAACAAAUUCGAGCAGAUCAUGAGUAUCUUACGUCCUCGUGUCGCUGUCGUCUGCCAAUGCGCGACAAACAAAGCGAACAACACUUUCGUGCGAGAUAUUUGUUCGUCUAUCGAAGACGCCGGAGACAUAUAUCUUCAAAAGCUUCCAAACGGCCACGAAUGCCUAUUCGUAUAA